ACAUCGCUACAAAUCCAAAUCAAACAAUUCCCAUACUCACCUCUCUCUCUCUCUCUCUCUCUCUCUCAAGCAAUCAAAAUUCAAAGCAAAUGGGGUACCCCUUUGGUUCCACGGAGUUCCGCCUCCCAAACCUCCUCCUCCCGGGUCUCAUCCGCCACCUCAUCUCCUCCCUCUUCCACUCUCUCGGCCUUUCCCAUUACGACCCACGAACCUCUUCACCCGCCCGACCCGACCCCCUCCCGGAUCCGAACCCCCGUUCCCUAUCCCGGUUCGAAGACCUACUACUCCCUAUGAUGAAGUUCUCGGACCUGGCGGAGGACCACCCCCCACCGCCUGAGGACUGCGCUGUGUGCCUGUGCGCUUUCAGCUGCUGCGACAAGGUCCGGCGGCUGCCAAAUUGCCGGCACGUUUUCCACCAGAGCUGUCUUGACCCGUGGAUGGACGAAGAUUUAUUCGUUGCUCCUGGGUCACCGUCUUUACUGAGUUCCUUUUCUACCACACAUCGUGGUCGGCCCAGGACUUGCCCUCUCUGUCGGGCUCCAAUUGUACCCGGCUAGAGGGUGUUGGCUGGGUCGGGGAUUACGGAUUUGUACAAAGAGUACUUGCCGGUUGCCAUUGGUUUGUGGAAGCUAGCGACUAGUGCUACGCUAACACAGCUACGGACUCAACUUGGAACCGCACAUGGAUAGUGGACCUCCAAAUGCAAUGUGAGAAAGUUUGUAUAACUAUCUGGUUACAGGUAUUUGUGAUUGUAGCAAAAGUUUACGGAUAGUGGGACUCGCAGAUUUCAUGUGAGAACGUUUUUAGUAGUAGAAUGGUUUUGUGCUAUGGCAAAGAGUUUUCUUUUUGUUCAUCAAUUAAACACAGCAAAUAAUGUUUUACUAGUAUUUAUUUGGAUCCAAUUCUCUUAAA